UCCUGCCCGCGGCUCAUUUCCAUGCCGAGAGCCUGACAUCAGAGCACCUUUUGUUGCUAAACUGCUUUCUCGGGGCCGGGAGGGGCGGGAGUCCUGUGGAGCUGGAAGAGCUCAUUUCGAAGAGAAGGGGGUCCCGGGAGCGCAUCCCGAGCUGCGGAGGCGCCGCGGUGACCCGGGCGGGAGCUGCCCGGACCUGCGGGCGGGCGGGAGUCGCGUGCCGCGGCGCGUCGGGGCCUCGUCACCGGAAGAAACGCCUUGGCCGCGGGUGGGAUCGCGCCCGGGCGGCCCCGGUCCCCGCCGCCGCGCUCGGUGGUGCGCACUUUGCCUCCCGCGCCCCCGGGUGGGAAAGUUGGUGGACUUGUCAGCCGCGGGGCGGGCGCCGGCGAGGGGCCCGCGGGAUCGCAGCGCCGGGGGAUGCGGCGCGGGCGCGCGCCUCGGUGACGCCGCGGGCGGGGACCCGGCGCCGGGGGCGGCGAUCUGGUGAGGGGCGCGCGUGCCCCGGGGACCCGGACGCAGUGUGCGGGACGCGGCCAUGGAGGAUGCGGGAGCCGCGGGUGCAGCCGGCCCGGGGCCAGAGGCAGAGUCCGAGUCGGAGUCCGAGACCGGGGCGGGCAUGUCCAAGACAUUCUCCCGGCUCUGGACCGACGUGAUGGGCAUCCUGGACGGCUCCCUGGGCAACAUCGAUGACCUGGCACAGCAGUAUGCAGACUACUACAAUACCUACUUCUCCGACGUGUGCGAGAAGAUGGAGGAGCUGCGCAAGCGGCGGGUUUCCCAGGACCUGGACGUGGAGAAAGCCGAUGCCAGCCCCACAUCACUUCAGCUGCGGUCCCAGAUCGAAGAGUCGCUUGGUUUCUGUAGCGCCGCAUCAACACCAGAAGUGGAAAGAAAGAACUCUCUUCACAAGUCAAACUCAGAAGACAGCGCUGUAGGAAAAGGAGACUGGAAGAAGAAAAAUAAGUAUUUCUGGCAGAACUUCCGAAAGAACCAGAAAGGAAUAAUGAGGCAGACUUCAAAAGGAGAAGAUGUGGGCUAUGUUGCAAGCGAGAUAACAAUGAGCGAUGAGGAACGAAUUCAGCUGAUGAUGAUGGUCAAGGAGAAGAUGAUCACCAUUGAGGAGGCACUGGCCAGGCUCAAGGAGUACGAGGCCCAGCACCGGCAGUCAACUGCCUUGGACCCCGCCGACUGGCCGGAAGGCUCUUACCCCACAUUUGAUGGCUCAUCAAACUGCAAUUCAAGAGAACAAUCGGAUGAUGAGACCGAGGAGUCGGUGAAGUUUAAGAGGUUACACAAGCUGGUGAACUCCACCCGCAGAGUGAGAAAGAAACUCAUCAGGGUGGAUGAAAUGAAAAAGCCCAGCACUGAAGGCGGGGAGGAGCCCGUGUUUGAGAGCCCCCCGGCACUGGACGAGAGGGCCGCCCUGUACUCGGGCGUGCACAAGAAGCCGUUCCUGUUCGACGGCUCCCCAGAGAAGCCUCCGGAAGAUGACGUGGACCCUUUCGCCUCCUCUCCAUCGCCCAGCAACCUGGAGGCCUGGGCCGCCGGCCGGAAGCUGGUCAAAACCUUCAGCAAGGGAGACAGCCGGGGCCUCAUCAAGCCCCCCAAGAAGAUGGGCACGUUCUUCUCGUACCCGGACGAGGACAAGGCCCAGAAGGUGUCCCGCUCCCUGACCGAGGGCGAGAUGAAGAAGAGCCUGGGGUCCCUGAGCCACGGGGUAAGUACCGAGGGCGGCGUGUGCCUCUGUGACGGCCACCACCACCGCCGCAGGCACCACCUCCUGGUGUCCCUGGAGGAGGUGCAGAGCGUCCGCAAGCAGCUGCGCCUGAAGAAGACGGACGCCAACUACGCCUGCUCCCGGGCUUUCCUCUGCCAGCGCCCCCUGUCCCGCAGAGGAGCCCCCGGCGCGCCCUGGGACCUGCAGCUGCUGCGGCAGAGACCCAAAGGGGGAGGAGGGGGCUGCGGCGGCCCCGGCAGGAGGGGGCGCGGGCGCCCCGCCGCGGUCAGCGAGGUCAAUAUCACCUACGUGGUGGAGCGGAGCCUGUACAGCCACCUGAACCUGAACCUGAGCCAGCUGGUGCGGCCGGCCUCAGACAGGACGCUGGGCAAGGCCGAGCAGCGGGACCUGCGGCGCUGCCUGCUGCUGCAGGAGGAGGACGAGGCCAGGAGGAAGUGGGCCGCCACGGUGGACCGCUGUGCUAAGAGGGUUCUCUUGAGAAUCCACCAGAAGUCCAGAACCUGCAGCUUUGGAGGAUUUGACUUGACGAAUCGUUCUCUGCACGUUGGCAGCAAUAACGCUUACCCGAUGGGUAAAGAAGGAGAUUUUGUGUACAAGGAAGUCAUCAAGUCACCUACGGCCUCCCGCAUUUCUCUUGGAAAAAAGGUCAAAUCCGUGAAAGAGACAAUGAGGAAGAGAAUGUCCAAAAAGUACAGCAACUCUGUCCCUGAGCAGGACGCGGGCCUCGAUGGAAUGCCUGGCUCCCCGCCACCCUCCCAGCCUGACAGUGAACACAUGGACAAGCCCAAGCUCAAAGCCGGAGGUUCCGUAGAGAGUCUUCGGAGUUCGCUGAGUGGACAGAGCUCGAUGAGUGGCCAGACAGUGAGUACCACCGAUUCCUCCACCAGCAACCGAGAGAGCGUCAAGUCGGAAGACGGCGAUGAUGAGGAGCUCCCCUACCGGGGCCCCUUCUGUGGGCGCGCCAGGGUGCACACUGACUUCACCCCCAGUCCCUAUGACACAGACUCUCUCAAGCUGAAGAAAGGAGACAUCAUCGAUAUAAUCAGCAAGCCACCCAUGGGCACCUGGAUGGGCCUGCUGAACAACAAGGUGGGCACCUUCAAGUUCAUCUACGUGGACGUGCUGAACGAGGAGGAGGAGAAGCCCAAGCGCCCCACCAGGAGGAGGAGGAAAGGAAGACCACCCCAGCCCAAGUCCGUGGAGGACCUCCUCGACCGGAUUAACCUGAAAGAGCACAUGCCCACCUUCCUGUUCAAUGGCUAUGAGGAUCUGGACACCUUUAAGCUCCUGGAGGAGGAGGACUUGGAUGAGUUAAAUAUCAGGGACCCAGAACAUAGAGCCGUUCUCUUGACAGCGGUGGAGCUGCUACAGGAGUAUGACAGUAACAGCGACCAGUCUGGAUCCCAGGAGAAGCUGCUCGUUGAUAGCCAGGCCUUGAGCGGGUGCUCCCCACGGGACUCGGGAUGCUACGAAAGCAGUGAGAACCUGGAAAACGGCAAGUCUCGGAAGUCUGGUCUUCUCUCUGCCAAGUCCUCCGCCGAGUCCAGCUUGAAGUCCUUCGGCAGGAGUCAGCUGGGCCCCUUCCCCACGCUGCCGCUGCCCAAGGCGGCGGGCGCCCUGAAGCAGGGGGUGGAGGGCAGGCUGGGCAGCGGCCUGAGCCCGCACCCUCUGAAGGACUGUGAGCCGCCCUGUGUGACCGGCUUGAAUAAAAACCGGAGGAGCCUCCCCGGCUCCAUCUGCCGGAGCUGUGAGACCCUGGAGGGCCCCCAGCCCGUGAAGACCUGGCCCCGCUCCCAGUCCCUGGAUGACCUCCAAGGAGAGCCCGACGCUGACAACGAUGUGCCUGGCGCGGUGACCGAACCCUGCCCCCAGACCGUACCCGAAGUGCCACAGAAGACAGCCCCCUCCGUCGCCAAGGCUCACGGCCCCCGGGGAGAGUCUGCUGUUGACAAUGCGUUGCUACUGACCCAAAGCAAGAGGUGUCUUGACCCUCAGAAAACGACUACUAAGAAACUGGGCGGCUCCAUGGCAGCCGCUUCCAGUGGCUUGUCACCUCCUCCGUGUUUGCCCCAGAGCCAGGACGCUCAGCCUCCCAGGCACGGCUUCACAAGGACUCCUCUCGAGGGUCACAGAAAAGGACUUGAUCCCGAAGGGACCUGUCAGCCCCCGAACGCCAAAGAGGGUGAGCAGAGGGGCCCCGAGGCCACGGCGCCAGGCAGACAUCCCACGCAGCCCCCGCCCGUUCCUGCCAAGAAGAGCAAAGAGCGCCUGGCCAACGGCCUCCACCCCUGCCCUCCGGGCCCCGGCGCCCCGAGCCUGCCCCUAAAGAAGGGGGGCUCCGGCGGCUCCGGCGGCUGUGCCUCUCCCCAGGCCCCCCAGCCGCCCUCCAGACAGGAGCCCGGCAGCCCACCGAGCCCGCGGCCCCCGCCCUGGCUCUCCGAGCUGCGGGAGAGCGCCAGCCUGCAGGAGCACGGCGUGAGGCUGGGCCCGGCCGGGGCCAGGAAGAUCUCCUGCGCUCGGGGAGUGGACCUGGAGAUGCUCACUGAAGACAAGUUACGAGCUGAAGGCAUCGACCUCACCGAGGAGCCCUAUUCCGAUAAGCACGGCCGCUGCGGGAUCCCCGAGGCCCUGGUGCAGAGAUACGCAGAGGACCUGGACCAGCCCGAGAGGGACGUCGCCGCCAACAUGGACCAGAUCCGCGUGAAGCUGCUUCGCAAGCAGCACCGCAUGGCGAUCCCCAGCGGCGGGCUCACCGAGAUCUGCAGGAAGCCCCUCUCCCCGGGAUGCGUGGCGUCCGUGUCGGAUUGGCUGAUCUCCAUCGGCCUGCCCAUGUACACCGGCGCCCUCGCCGAGGCGGGCUUCUGUACGCUGGGCCACGUGCCUUCUCUGUCCCACACCUGCCUGCAGGAGGCGGGCAUCACCGAGGAGAGACACAUAAGCAAGCUCGUGUCCGCGGCCAGACUCUUCAAGCUGCCGCCCGGCCCCGAGGCCAUGUAGCCAGGCCCGCGGGGGACCGCCUGGCCGGAGCCACCCUCUCACUGUGCUUACGACGCUGAUGCAACUUCUUCUUCCCUGGACGUGCAGACCAGAUCCAGAAGAAGGGCCCAGCGUAUGGCCUGAUGGAGCUCGACACCUUGGCUCGGGACCGAUGACCCUGUCUUCUCCAGGAAAGCCCCUUUGAGGAAGCACAGGGGUGCUUCUCUUUGACCCCCCCUCCACCCCCAAAGAAAAGAGGAGCACUUGUUUUUAUUUUCAGAACAGGCCAGAAGCAAGAUGCCAACUCGCCACACAUGCUGUGCCUCCGGUCUGUGGGUGCGCUGGGGGAGAGGGCUGAGGGCAGAGGGAGGGGCAGCCAGUUCUGGGUCUCACGGUGCUGCCGUCGACCUUCUGUCUGUGACCCCACAGGAGCCCCGAGGGCCCGACAGGCUCAGCCAGCUAGGCCAAAGUCACAGACUCGGGAGUGAUUGUACAUCGGUGGACAUGCUCGUUAGUUCAAAAGUAAGAAAACCUGUCUGCACUAAGAGGAAAAGAAGUCCUGUUCUCCUUCAGAUAAACGAGACAUUGUAAUAAUUGCUUUCCAGCAGUCCGCUUUUAUUUGCCUUAAUGUACGCUUCCAAGCAGUUAUCUAACCUAGUGCUCACUGCCCUGUAACCAUAGUUCCAAGUCUUCGGCUUAGACUGCCGUCUAACAUCUGGGACUUUCCCAGCAAAAAAAAAAUGGGCUUUUCUGAUGAUCGCCUCUUCCGUGGCUUAUUUUGUAGGAUUGUUUCCCUGGCACAAAUGUCACGUUGGCUUUCAGUUUUUAAAUGAGCUACAAAUCUAGUGAAAAACUCUCUGGAAUUCACAAAGAGACCAUGUGUGUAUAUGUGAGUGUGUGUGGGGGUGUGUGCUUCUGGAACCACCUUUCGUUUUAAUCAGUGUAGGACAUUACCCUGUUGGUCACUUUGCUGCCAUAUUGGCUUGGACUCCUGGCCAGGUCCAUCCCAAAACUCGGUCAUCAGAUCAGGCUGGUUUCAGAGAGAUGUUCUGGAAACGGGAAGUAGUCUGAGAUGUUUUUAAAGCUCCCCCCCCCCCAUUCCCUUUUUACCAUUAAGAUUUUGUUUUCCUUCUUCUUUAGAUAAUUCUUUUAAUUCAAAUAGAGGUUCAUUUUGGAGCCAGACAUACCACAUAGGCCGCAGAUUUGCUUGUUUUGUUCGGUUGUUUCGAACUGAUAUCAGCCCAUUCUAUCCUCCCUUAGUCUUCGUGCCUGAUUUUCCAGCCAGCAGAAAUGUAGGCACGGAUAAGGUUUCCAUUGUUACAAGAUGACUUUGCUUUACGUUCUUACCGUGAGCACUGUGCUGUUAAGCAUUGGAUGUGAUUAUUUACUAUACAAAUUCAACACAAAACUCUGACCCAAAGUUCUGUGAUAUUUCACCUGCUCACUAAGAUAAAUGAUUUCCCUCAGGAGGGAAAACAGGGAUUUCCUUCAUCACAAAGCCAUCUUCAGUGUUUGCUUUAUCUAUUUAAAUCAUGUAUCGGAGGAAAGAAUGUUGUUCUCAGGUGAUGUAUGUAUAGUUCAUGCUUCGGUAUGCAUUUUUAAAAAUAAUGCACAUGCUUCCGUGAUACCUUCUGUAGGAUGCCAUGUGAAGAAGUUGUGGAGUUCUAAAAUAAGAAAGCGAAAGCUGUCGAAUGUCUGUGGCACUCUUAAAACAGCCCGUUCCCAUCACCUUGGGAUGUGAAAUCCCAGUAAGCAUAGCCCAGGGCCCAUCUGGGAAGUAAGGCGGCUGCGGUUCUCCUGUGACCACGUGGUGGAGGCGGGGCUAAGACGGCCCCUCCCCUGUGUGUGCUGGAAGCUCAGCAGGACAUGUAAGGGGCCCUGCUCGUAUUUAAAGCUGAGCAAAAGGACCACCCAUAAAUCAGGUAACAGGGGAAGGAGAAAUCUUGUAUGAAUUCCCACAUUUGGAUUCAUUUUCACUGCAACGUUUUCAUUUAAGAAAAGGGAAUUUUCUGAGCUUGAGCUUUUGAGAAUGCCAAACCGUGCUUUUGUCACUCUUCCUCGGAAUCCAUGGCCUUUGCAUACAAACUUCAAAUUCAGGGACCACGAGUUGUUGUCGGUGGGAAGGUCUUCCUAAUCUUAAAGUUCUGAGGUGGUUUUUACUUGAUUGUGCUUUUUUAAAAUCUUUUUUUUUUUUUUUUUUUUAUCGUUAGUAUUUGUUGGGUCUUCUUUUGCUUUAAACUCUUAACUUGAUCCUAGAAGAAAAAAGAAAAGAAAAAAAAAAAAAGCCUCUGUGUUUGUGGUGACAUUUGACCGAGGUGGUGUGGGGCCGCCCGCAGGUGGUGGGAGGCAGGCGGUCGGUGUCAGCAAUAUCCAGGUUUACUCAGUUGCCCUCGGCACAGGAGGCUGAGGAAUCGGUGGAAACGGUCUUGGGAAGGCACAAGAGAAACCUGGAAAGACAGUUAGGCUCAGGCAGCUACACAUCCGUGGUGUACAUUUUCACUUGGAAGCUGUCUAGGAGGAGAUGCAGCCAACCCAGGCCACUCCUGACACUCCCAUGUAGCCGAGCAGGAGAGAGGUGUGUAGGGCCUGCCUUCUUAGCCAGAGGCCCUUUCCUUCCACCCGCACUGGGGGCGGUGACAGGGGAAACCACUGGGGUAUUGGUAAUCCGUUCCCGAUUUAGCAGAGUGUGCUUCCAUGCCAGCAGCCAAGGGAGGCAGCUCACCAAGUCCCUGCUGCCUGUGGGUACUGUGCUCGUUACAGAAAAACAAACCUGGUCGUCCGAGUCCGCGUUUCCUUGAUUUUUAAAUUGAUAGAGAAAACAAGAAGCUGUCAAGCAAGUUAUAUAACAACUAACAACAUUGCACUUUCUGUAUAUGAAAUCAGUAUUUAAAUAACUUAUUUUUCUCCAUUGCUGUUUUUAAACAUUGUAAGUAGCUGUAAUAUACCAGUACCAGUAUGUUUUCGCGAUUGCUUCAGCCCAAGAAAGCUGUGUUAUUGUUUUAAAAAUUGUAAAAAAAAAAAUUAUUGUGACAAUUCAUUUAGCAAAGAGAAAGGACGGAAAGGGUUUUCCUAUGUAUCAAAACUUGUCUAUAAUUGUCAUCUAUGUACCUAGAAAAAAAAAAGUAAAUAAAUUUCUUCAGUUGAA